GAAGCUACCGUGGGCGUAUGAUGCAGUCUCAACAACGUACCGGGAUGGCGACCCUGACCGUACAAGUCGCGAGCCGGCUGAGAAGGGCCCGUUCGGCCGCAAUAGAGGGAACAGAAGGGGCAGCAGCAGGAGUCGUAGCAAGACAGCCGAACCCCAGAAGGAAGAAGAUAGGGUACGCAGAGAGCAGGUCGCUGCCGAGGAUGCUGUUUUCGGGAGUAUGAGGCGAACGAGGGACGAGGGUAGACAAGCAUUGGGUGAGGUGGAAGCAAACACGGUCGCGCAGGCUCCAGCCGCCAUGACCGCUGGCAUGAGUGGUGAGCAGGAGGCAACGGAGGUGCUACUUUACGGGUUCGGUACCGACCUGCAGUGGGCUGCUAUCGACUUCUUCGAGCGAGUGAGUGGUGGGGUGGUGCUGGAAGACUACGACCGCACGGCGCCGGGGCAGCUACGAUCGUAUGAUCCUACGCACGCAUACGGUCGUGCGACGCUGCAGCGCAGUCUCAGCAAGGCAGCAUUGAGGAAGAAGAACAGGUACGCUGGUGGAGAGCACUGGAUCAAGGUCACUUUCUCCUCGCGCGAGGCUGCUGAGCUGGCAUGCGCGAGAAGCCCGCAUAUCAUUAAAGGCCAUCUGAUCUACGCAGAAGCUUACCAGGGCAGAGGACCGGCUAGAGACGAGGCUAUUCCAGCGACACAAGCAGGAGCGCAGAUUGUGAGCGGAGCGCUGCCGCAGACCUUCUCUACUAACGGUGCGAGCCCGAACAGCAGCCAAACCGCAACAUCGGCUACCAUGACCGCGCAGGAUGGCGGAGAUGGAGAGUCACGAGAUCCACCACGACUUCAUCCGUCAUCGUCAACAUCGUCAUCUGGCAGCACCGGCGCGCAGCUCACAGUUCCAUCUCAGCAAUUACAGCGAAGAGGAGCAGGCACCGGCACGUUGCGCAUUCCUGGCGCACAGGUGGCCAUGCUACUACCAGCCGAGCAAGCCUUGAUGCCUAAGCAACCGAGGCAGUCGUGGGCGACAUGGGUGGGAGCGAGCGAGCUGAUUGGUACGACAGUGCCGCGCAAGGAUGACGGCACGUUCGACCUCGAGAAGGCCAGUCUUUACUGGCGAUUGUUCUACUGGAUUGAUAAGCUCGUGGGGACAGACUUUUGCGGACUGAGGGGUGACGAGUGACCUGUGCAGCGGUUGACGUGCACAAAAAGGUAUCAAUCGCUGGUAUGAAGACUGCUGCCGGUGCUGUAAUUGCGCCCAGCGGUCACGGAGACAACAUUGAGCAGCAGCUUUCCCGUUCCUAACGUCGUCGUCGAAGUUGUCCUCCUUACCCGACCACAGAAUGCCAAUAGCUGAAACCCCAUUUCACGGCGUUGCACUCCAUCCAUUUCCAACAGCUGGCGUGUGCUCGUCUCAUACGGUACUCAACCGAGGCAAAAACGAAGAAUCAGAAUGAAUCAACAGCGGGUUGUGGUCGUUAGACGCCCGCUUGAUGCAAUGAACAACACCUCACGGCAGCUUAUAUGACAUCGGUCGGCGAGUCCGCGCCUUGUACCACACGACCGCGUUCUGACCGGACGUUAGCCUACUUCCUGUUU